UGUCGAAGAUGCUAAAUCAAAAUGAACUUCAGUUUCACUUGAAUAACGCGUUACAAAGAGUUAGCCAGUUGGAAAGUUCAAAUAUUACUCCUAACAAUCCGCUUGGUUCGACGAACAACUCCAGGAGAAACAGCGGCUCGACCGGCUCGACCGGCUCGACUUUAACGGAAGAACUGCAAAGGAGUUUUCUAAGCUUAGCAAUCACGCAGCAAUAAGUUCAACAUCAACCCAAAUGCCAUUGAGUCGGGCUUCAACGUCGCAUCUUUCUGGCAACAAGAAAAAACGAAAGCGCAAAUCGACGACCUCUAAAUCAACCUUGAAACCCAAAGCAGUGCACAAAGACCUGGUGUUGGUUCCGGAACCGACUCAAACUUCAGUUCCUACUCAUUCUUCUCGUGUUUCGUUGGAAAGUGACGGUUUCGUUAUUCACAGCUUUCCUUUUGUAAGAGAAUGGGAUGAUAUUAAUUUAAAAGAAGAAAUAGAAAACGUUUUUCCGCAGAUCCAAAAUUGUGGUUAUGAAUAUGUGAAGGCCUCAUAUGGAAAACUUGUUUUACCAAAUUUAGCCCCUGGGGUGACUAUGAACUGCAACAUGCUCUUGAAGUUGUCAGGCCAAGGUGCUGUUUACAUACGCUCCAAUGAAAAACUUAGUGCUUUUAGUGAAAGUGACAAUUCUGCUGAUGAAGAAUUGCUGAAACCAGCAUUAAUUAAGCAAGAACCAGAAGUCCUGGAAAUUCAGUCUGAGUCAGAUAUUGAAGGAACAGGUAACUGGAGUUCAGGCAUAAAUUAACAAUUUUGUAACAGAUAUAAAAUGAGGUUGUGCUUAACAUGCAGCCUUUUUGUAUAUGCAUAUAGGGAUAAGGUUUUGUGAAUUUUUGUCUGAGUCAGUGUGUCUAUAUGUAAAUAUCAUACAUAAAUCACCAUACCAAAACAGGAAAGUACUUCCAUUCAAUAUCAAUAAAGACUGUGGAAAAUAUGAAUGUAUUAAUAUCAUAUUGCCAAAUGUAUGACUUAAGAAAAUAACUAAAUCCUGUAAGCCAUAAAAGUAGAGCUAGCUAAAUUAAAUCAUUUUUUCAUUUGUACCAACUCCUGUUGGUGUAGCCAAAACAGUUAAUAAAUGUGCUUAUAGUAUGAGAAUCAGAUGUUUAAAUAAAUACUUAAGUUAAUAGAA